AUGACCAAGCUGGGGUUCCUGCGGCUGUCCUAUGAGAAGCAGGACACGCUGCUCAAGCUGCUCAUCCUCUCCAUGGCUGCAAUUCUCUCGUUCUCUACACGGCUCUUCUCCGUGCUGAGAUUUGAAAGUGUUAUCCAUGAGUUUGACCCGUACUUCAAUUACCGUACCACCCGUUUCUUGGCGGAAGAGGGUUUCUACAAGUUCCAUAACUGGUUUGACGAUCGAGCUUGGUACCCUCUGGGGAGGAUCAUUGGUGGUACGAUUUACCCAGGCCUGAUGAUUACCUCUGCAGCACUCUACCACGUCCUGCACUUCUUCCACAUCACCAUCGACAUCCGCAACGUCUGCGUGUUCCUGGCGCCGCUCUUCUCCUCCUUCACUGCCAUUGUGACGUAUCACCUCACGAAGGAGCUGAAGGAUGCAGGUGCUGGACUCCUAGCAGCAGCCAUGAUUGCCGUAGUUCCUGGUUACAUUUCGCGUUCUGUGGCCGGCUCCUAUGAUAAUGAAGGCAUCGCCAUUUUCUGCAUGCUGCUCACCUAUUACAUGUGGAUCAAGGCAGUGAAGACUGGCUCCAUCUACUGGUCGUCCAUGUGUGCUCUGGCGUACUUCUACAUGGUGUCCUCAUGGGGGGGCUACGUGUUCCUGAUCAACCUGAUUCCCCUUCACGUUCUAGUGCUGAUGCUCACAGGCCGCUUCUCCCAUCGCAUCUACGUGGCCUACUGCACCGUCUACUGCCUGGGCACCAUCCUUUCCAUGCAGAUCUCCUUUGUAGGCUUCCAGCCUGUACAGUCCUCGGAGCACAUGGCCGCCUUCGGGGUCUUCGGCCUGUGCCAGAUCCACGCGUUCGUCGACUAUCUCCGCAGCAAGCUCAACACUCAGCAGUUUGAGAUUCUCUUCAAGAGUGUCAUCUCCCUGGUUGGGUUUGGGCUGCUCUCCAUCGGUGCAGUGCUCAUGCUAACCGGUAAGAUCUCUCCUUGGACUGGGCGUUUUUACUCCUUGCUGGACCCCUCUUACGCUAAGAACAACAUCCCCAUCAUCGCCUCUGUGUCUGAGCACCAGCCCACCACCUGGUCCUCCUACUACUUUGACCUUCAGCUGCUGGUCUUCAUGUUUCCAGUGGGACUUUACUAUUGCUUCAACAAUCUAUCGGAUGCCAGAAUUUUCAUCAUCAUGUAUGGUGUCACCAGCAUGUACUUCUCAGCUGUCAUGGUGCGUCUCAUGCUGGUCCUGGCCCCGGUCAUGUGCAUCCUCUCAGGCAUCGGGGUCUCCCAGGUGCUCACCACCUACAUGAAGAACCUGGACGUCAGCCGGCCCGAUAAGAAGACCAAGAAGCAGCACGACUCCACUUACCCCAUUAAGAAUGAGGUGGCUAGUGGCAUGAUCCUGGUCAUGGCCUUCUUCCUCAUCACCUACACCUUCCACUCCACCUGGGUCACCAGUGAGGCCUACUCCUCCCCGUCCAUCGUCCUCUCUGCCCGUGGAGGAGACGGCAGCCGCAUCAUCUUCGACGACUUCAGAGAGGCCUAUUACUGGCUGAGGCACAAUACCCCGGAGGAUGCCAAGGUGAUGUCAUGGUGGGAUUACGGGUACCAGAUUACGGCAAUGGCUAAUCGGACCAUCCUGGUGGACAACAACACAUGGAACAACACUCACAUUUCUCGAGUGGGCCAGGCUAUGGCUUCCACUGAGGAGAAGGCUUACGAGAUCAUGCGGGAGCUAGAUGUCAGCUAUGUCUUGGUGAUCUUUGGGGGACUGACGGGAUACUCUUCAGAUGACAUAAACAAGUUCCUCUGGAUGGUGCGAAUCGGUGGCAGCACAGACACCGGGAGGCACAUCAAGGAGCACGACUACUACACCCCAACCGGGGAGUUCCGCGUGGACCGGGAGGGUUCCCCCGUGCUCCUGAACUGCCUGAUGUACAAGAUGUGCUACUACCGCUUCGGCCAGGUCUACACAGAGGCCAAGCGCCCUCCUGGCUACGACAGGGUGAGGAAUGCUGAAAUUGGUAACAAGGACUUCGAACUGGACGUGUUGGAGGAGGCCUACACUACGGAACACUGGCUGGUUAGAAUAUACAAGGUGAGAGAUCUAGACAACCGGGGACUUUCCCGGACAUAAACUCUAGUCUCUCUAAGCACAAAGCACUGAAGGCCUUCCUGCAAUCCAGAGAUGAGUGCAACUCCUUUUUAUACUCUAGUUUUUAAUUGCGGAAAGAGUUGUUUUUUUUUUUUUUGGCUUUAUAAAAAAAAAUAUUUUGUGGUGUCUCAUCUGGAAUGGAAACGUCCAAACCUGUCACAGGAUAUCGUCUGCAGGUGUCUGAGGAGCUGAUCUCACGGCAGGGGGGAGGGGGCAACGGAGUUCUACAAAAUGAUUAAAUAAAGGGGAAAAAUGGGGUGA